GUUGUAGAAAGACAACAAAGACCACCUCUAAAUACAUUAAUGUAUUCUGUUCAGGGUGGUCAGGAUACUCCUCAAGAAAAGGUACGAGAAUAUUUUCCUGAAACAUGGUUAUGGAAUCUGACUACUGUUGGUUCAUCAGGAACAGCUGAGUAUCCCAUUACUGCACCCGACACUAUCACUGAGUGGAAAGCUGAAAUGUUUUGUACAGCUGAUGUGGGUUUUGGAUUGGCACCCACAAUUUCUCUGAAAACGUUCAAACCAUUCUUCCUGGAGCCUACGCUACCAUAUUCUGUAAUUCGUGGAGAGGCAUUUUCUCUGAAGGUCACCGUUUUCAAUUAUCAAUCACAACCUGUUAUGAUCCACAUUGAGUUGUUUGAAUCUGAUGAUUUUCUUGCAACACCCUGUGAUAAAUGUGAAUAUACAAGCUGUAUAGCUGCAGAGCAAGGAAAAACUUUUGUCUGGAAUGUUACUCCUAAGUCAUUGGGUGAAGUAAAUUUCACUAUACGUGCAGAAGCUAUAAAGUCUGAUCAGUUAUGUGGAAAUGAAGAGCCAGUAGUCCCAGAGAAAGGCAGAACUGACACAGUGAUCAAACCACUUCUGGUGGAGCCUGAAGGUACAGAAAUGGAAAUGUCGAAGAGUUCUCUAAUUUGCAUAGAUGAGAAUCCUGUAAAGGAAAAUAUUUUACUGCAGCUUCCUCCUGAUGUAGUGGAAGGUUCUGCCAGGGCUCACAUUUCUUUAAUAGGUGAUAUCAUGGGAACAGCAAUGCAGAACCUUGACAAGUUACUUGUCAUGCCAUAUGGUUGUGGGGAACAAAACAUGGUGCAUUUUGUACCCAACAUCCACAUUCUGGAGUACCUGAAAAACACCAAGCAAUUAACAGAUGAGAUCAAGGAGAGGGCCAUCCAUUUCCUAAAGAGUGGAUACCAACGAGAACUGACAUACAAGCAUUCUGAUGGCUCCUACAGUGCUUUUGGAAACAUAGAUCCAGAUGGCAACACAUGGUUAACAGCAUUUGUUCUCAAGUCAUUUCACCAAGCCAAGAGACACAUAUUUGUUGAUGACCAACAUAUAGCUGAUGGCCUUAAAUGGCUUUCCAAACAUCAGAACCCUGAUGGGUGCUUCCAGAGUGUUGGAAAAUUAUUUAGCAGCUCAAUGAAGGGUGGAGUUGAUGACAAUGUUUCACUGUCGGCUUACAUUACUGCUGCCUUGUUGGAACUUGAACUGCCUCUAAAUGAUACUAUGCUCAAAAAAAGUCUCCACUGCUUGGAGGAGCAAAUUGAAAACAUCACCAAUCCAUACACCCUAGCACUAUUGGCAUACACCUUCACACUGGCAAGAAAUGAAAAUGCAAGGGAAAUACUCAUGAAGACACUAGAUGAACUGGCCAUAAGGAAAGAUGGAACUGUUCACUGGGAGCGUCCUAAAAAGCCCACAGAAAAGGCAUGCGAAAUUUGUUGGUAUCGUGCUCCUUCAGUAGAAGUAGAGAUGACAUCCUAUGUCCUGCAUGCUAUGCUUUCUGUAGCCAAUAUGUCUGCAGCAGACAUUGACAAUGUAGUACCCAUUGUGAAAUGGAUCAUUAAACAGCAGGGUUCUAGUGGAGGCUUUGCAUCUACACAGGAUACUGUGGUAGCUCUUCAUGUCCUUUCUAAGUAUGCUGGAUUAACAUACAGUGAAAAAGGUGACAUGUCGAUAUCCAUCAGCUCUAGUGAAAAGGUUGUGAAAGAGUUCCACAUUACAAACGAUAAUCGUUUACUGCUUCAACAGACUACGCUUAAGGACAUUCCUGGCACGUACAGUGCAGAAGUGACAGGAAAAGGCUGUCUGUUUUUUCAGACUACUCUAAAGUACAACAUCCCCCCACCAAAGGAUAAAGAUGCCUUUUCCGUUGAAGCUCAUACCAUUCCGGCAGAAUGCACAGAAGAAUCAAGAGUUAGAUUUGACAUAGAGCUUACUAUGAGAUAUACUGGAAAGCGUAUCAUCUCUAACAUGGCGAUUGUUAAUGUAAAAAUGCUGUCUGGAUUCAUCCCAGUCAAGAAAUCUGUUAAAGCUCUAAGCCAUCCAUUGCUGAAGAGGACUGAAGUUAAAACAAAUGUUGUCAUCAUCUACCUGGAAGAAGUGACAAGUGACCCCAUAAGUCUUAGAUUCUCAGUGGAGCAAGACAUCCCAAUUCAGCACUUGAAACCAGCUGUAAUCCACGUUUAUGAUUAUUAUGAGCAAGGAGAAGAAGCACGUGUAGAAUACAAUGCCCCAUGCAGUGCAGAAGAAACAGAAGGCAAUACUCGAUGAUCUGGAAAAGUGAAUGUUGUCUGCCAUUUUUCAUUACUGGGAGAAGAUUCCUCAAGUCAUGUUUAAUAAAAACCAAACUGUAAUAUGGCAUUCAACAGUACAAAAUAAAUGGUACUAAACUCCUGGAAGUAUCUGAGCUGCAUUGUAAUGUGCAGUCAUUCACUAAGUGUGUCUUUAGCCAAUCUUAUUCAAGAUAUUCCAGGAGCCUUGUCAUUUUAUGUACUACUGAGCAUAUAAAUGAGAUAAAAGGUUUUGUUUUGUAGUUUGCUUCAGACUGUUAAUAAAUAUUUUAUUUUAAAUCAA